AGGCAGUGCUGACAUGGCAGCGGUGUACUUUGAGAAAGUGGAUGUGGAAGGACACCACUUCGGUCCAGACUCCCAGCAGGUCCGUACGACGGUGCAGCAGCUGGACGUCGUCAUGCAGAUGUUCAACAGAAAAGUGAAGGAAAUGAACAUGGAGGAGCAGCUGAAUGUUCUGAUGUUUUCAGACCACGGCAUGACAAAGAUCCAGUGGAUGGAGAAGGUCAUAGAGCUGGACAAGUUCAUCCACAUGGCGGACAUCCUGAAGAUGAUGGACCGAGGACCGGUGGUCAGUUUGUGGCCCAAAAGCUUCAAGUACCAGGAGGUGAAACAGCAGCGCUUUUUUCUGUUUUAGAUUUGAUGCUUAGUG